GCGUUAAAAGCUCAUUCGCACACAACGGCUUUUCUUCUGCGAGCUGAAGUGAUUUUUAAAAGUGUUUUAAAAGUUGCGUUUUCAUAAAUAAUUUUAAUAAGUAGUAAAAUGGGAGACGAGAACCAAUACAACGGACAGAAUCAGCAAUAUAGUGAUUACAACGAAGAUCAGUAUGGGCAAUAUCAACAUGAUGGAAUGGAAACGGAUACUUUGCAAGACGGGGACAACAGUCAAAAUCAAAUGGAUAGCAGUAAAGGAAAAUCUGAUGAUGAUAGAAAACUUUUCAUUGGAGGAGUCAGCUGGGAAACCCAGAUUGAUGACUUGAAGGACUACUUCUCAAAAUAUGGCGAAGUUGUUGAUGUAAACAUCAAGACAGACCCUAACACUGGAAAGUCCAGGGGAUUUGCAUUUGUUACAUUUGCAUCACAAGAGUCUGUAGAUGCUGUGAUAAAAGAUGGAACACACACAGUUAAGGGGAAACAAAUUGACCCUAAAAAAGCCAAGUCUAAACCUGGAGCAAAAAAGAUCUUUGUUGGAGGACUUGAUCCAAACAUGCCUGCAAGUGAUAUCAAGACAUACUUUCAACAAUUUGGCAAGGUUGAAACUGUUGAGUUGCCAGUAGACAAGGUAAAGAACCAAAGACGACAGUUUGCGUUCAUAACGUUCGAGACAGAAGAUGCUGUGAAUGAAGUUACUAAACAACCGAAGCAAAUGAUAGGAAGUAAAGAGUGUGAUGUUAAGAAGGCUACUCCUAAGCCGGAUUACAGAACCAUGCGUGGUGGAUUCAUGGGAGGGUGGGGAUCUCCUCGAGGUGGAGCCAAUGGUGAAAGGGGUCGUGGAAGAGGAGGUUACAUGGCUCAGAGCUGGGAAAGUCCAGGGUAUGGAGGAUAUAGUCAAGGAUAUGGCAACUAUAAUCCAGGAUAUGGCAGUUAUGACUACAGUGGUUAUAGUGGUGAUUACAGUGGUGGAUAUGGUAGUUACGACUACAGUGGAUGGGGGCAAUAUGGACAAAGUUAUGGUCAACAAGAUAGUGGAUAUGGAAAGACUCGUGGAGCAGUAAGAGGGAGUGCCACCACCACUUCUUACCAUCCUUACCAUUAAGUGUAUAUUGAGACUGUGUGGUACAAAUGUUGCACCAUGUUGACAUUGUAAUUUCAUGAGACAUCAUGCAUGUUCAUUAUCCAAUGUAUAUAGUUUAUGUUGAAUAAAAGUCUUUAGAGGUGUUAA